CAACAUUGGCUUGGGGGCUUCUAAUGCUCAUUAUCAAAUGAAUUUAUGUGAUGCCGAUGCGCUCAGAAUGCCUUGCUUGUCAUCCAGGGAUGUUUCAUGUCUUCUUAAACCAAACAUGCGAUUUGUGUGCGCAGCGCCUCAUAUAGAAUCGACUUCUGGUAUGGAGAAUGAAUUGGAUUCUCUGCAAGGGGGUUCUCGUGGAGAUAUCUUACCAAGCUCUGCCGCUUACUCCAAUACGUCAUCUUUUUUAGAUGAACAUUUGGUAGGAUCGCAGGAAAGAUUUGCUGGCUCUCUUGGUUGGUCAGCAGGGUUCUCCAUUGAGAACACAGACGAACAAAACAGCCAACAAGCACAAGUGCUCAAAUACUCUAAUGACGAGUCCUACAAACAAAUGAGUGGCAAGAAAAUAGGCGUUGUUGGUGAACAGAAUAUACUAAGCCCUCUGGAAACUUCUACUGGCCGUGCUAAAAAGAGAAGGAAGAUUUCUGAUGAUUUUGAGUCUAUCAAAUAUCUGCAUUUGGAAGGUAGAAGAAUCUAUCAGGAAGCAGAAAAAAAGCUUUUUUCUUUACACGAUAGUUUAAUCAGACCUAUUAUGAAUGAGCAGAUAGAGAAGGAACGUUUUUCACAGCCUGUCAGUAAAUCUAAUACCGGUGCCAAUCCUAGAAUGCCUUACAUUCAAAAUAAGCAAUUACUUGAACCAGAGGUAGUCCUUCAGCAAGCUGGUGAAUCUAAGGUGCAGAUGCAAGUGGCACCUGGUCUAAGUGACAAAAGGGGAAGCUCCCAGCAAUUACAUGUUGGAAGAGGCCAAAGCACACACAAUCAAGAUGCUGUGAGUAGCGUUCUGGAAGUGAUGAAUGGGGAUUACAUGAAACUACUUGAUUUGGAUGAUGAAGUUGCUGAAGAACAAUUCCGAAUGGUGAUGGAAAGGCCUCUGUCUCCAAUCCUUCCCGAGUUUGGUAUUCUGGAGUUUAGUCAAAAGGUUCAAGCGCAGACUGUAUCUGAAAAUAUUGAAGCUGUGUAUCAACGUGGUUUUUCAGUACAAAAUAAAAACCAACUGUACUUUGUUUUGUUUUCUGAUAUGGAGGAUAUUGGCAGUGUAACAAGGAUAUUUUGUGCUACUAGAACCUGCGUAGAUCAAUGCUGCCUGUUUUUUCAAACAAAUUGGGCAGUUCAAGAUAUACUAGGGGUCUUACUAUUGGAGAACGAACUGACUCCCAGGGAAAAAGCCUGUGUUUUAUUUUCUCUUCUGCUACUUAAUUUUUCCGCUAUAUCAUCGAACAAGUCUGUGACCUUCCAAGUCCAAGAGCAAAUGGUUACUUUGUCUGCACAGAUGCACGCAGUGUUAAACUCUGAUACCAGAGAAAUGCUUAGAAAAAUCUGUAACCUUCAUGAUGUACUUGCAUUGGGUGAAGAAUUUGUACUGAACAGAAAAGUUUUAUCCGAUGUUGACGUGAGCGGCGAACUGCUUGUUGAUUGUGGCUCAAGUAUUGGGAUUGUACAUCAAGGGGAGAAUACUGUUUUGUGGCCUAAGAUAGCUCCAACUGAUCUGGUUGUUACUGGGAGCAGCAUAUUGGCUUCUAUCUAUAAAGCAGUUGGUCAUCUUGGCUCUUUAUGUGAAUUUUCACUCAAGUUGCUGCACAUGGGCAGAGCUGAUUAUUCUUUGGCGUUGUCAAUUCUUCAUAAUUUUGCUUGCUUAUGUGGUGAAGAUUAUUUUACCAACAGCAAUUAUUCUUCGGUUAUGAAAGUUGUUAAAUCUGUGGUGGCGUUCAUGGAGGCUUCUUUGUCCAAGGGUCCCAUUAAAGAUCUCCAAGCAGGGGAUAUUACUUGGCAUCAUUUCACAACUUGUGUCAGAUGCCCAUUCAAAGAAGGCUCUGUUACUCUUGAUGCUGUUUCUUCAGAGCUGUUGGACGAGCUACGAAGACAUCUUGUCCCUCAAAUUCCAGGUGCAACGGCUCAUUCAUUGAACAGCAAAGCUGUUUCUUGCCUUCUAAGUGAUGUCCUGUCUUCUUUGGAACUCAUUGCAUCAAUUAUGUGCUGGGACUGGGUAUGCGAGAACAUUGUACAAAAGCUAUUUCACAUGUUGGAAUUAAGUUGUCAGAAUGAAGUCUUUUCUACUGCCCUUGUGGUGCUUCUCGGUUAUAUCGGGAGACUGGGAGUUGAAGCACGUGGCUAUAAUGACGCUGGAGUUGAGGGUAUAAGACACCAUUUGUUAGGUCUUUUAUGUCAGGCUACCACAUCGAAGUGUGAUUCAGCUGUACCAAUGGCCAUCCUUUAUGGAGUGACUGGGCUUUGUCCGAAAGGUCAUGAGAUUUUUCAGAAGGUUUAUGAUGUAAUUCAUUCAUCCAAAGAUUGGCAUUCUGCAUCAUCUCCAUCUGAUGAUAUUGUAAGCAAAUUUCUUUCAUCUCUUAGCAGCAAACAAGCAACCUCCUUGGCUAGUCUAUUGAGUUUUGAUUCAGGACUAGCUGCAUAGUUCAUGUUGCCUACAUGUUGUAAGUAGGGCGAUUUUGCAUUUUUACUGGUAGUUUUAUCUUUUACGUGUAAUCUACGGUAUAAGUUAUAGAAUGAGAUCUCUUGAUUUUGUAACUGAUCGAGUUUUAUUUUGACUAGAUGUUAGGUUCUAGCUUGAGCAAAUAGGCUCCCGAAAGAAUUGACAUAAAGAUGUCAGAUCAAGAUUUUUAACAUUGUAUGGUUUUUCGAACAUGCUCCUUGUUUUUGUUCCGAGGGAUGCUUGGUAUAAUGCUAUACAAUGAAAAAGAGUAAAUAUGAGAACUUCUGAUUCCA